AAAGGUGAAAGGUCAAAUUGAUAUGGCUUCACAAAAACAUUUUACCUGAGGUGAAAUGGGGAAAAACAUGGCAUUGGUCAGAUAGGAAUAAUUUAAUUAUCAGGGAUGAUUCAAUUUCACAGAUUGGAUUUAAUUAUCAGUGAUAUUUUGUGAUGUACAAGUGUUAUGGAAUAUGUAGCUAACAUGUGCAGUUUUAACUUCCAAUUUAUUAGGCCUGAUUCGUGAUUUAAAAGUUCAUUUAAAAAAGGAAUGUCUUCUGCAUUGUUUGAUAUUGAACAAAUAACGCAAGACCAGGCAGGUUUAUAAAUAGAAUGGCUGCCGGUGUUAAUUUUAUGGAGACACCCCUUGUGUUGUGGGUGGAAACGUUCAGGAAUGGUCGCACCUUGGAGUUCAAAGACCUGUGUGACGGGGUGUUUUUAAACGAUGUCAUGCUACAAAUUGACCCCCGACCCAUCAACUACCAGAAUGUUAAUCGGGCGGUGGAAGAUGUCAACAUACAGCUCCAUAACUGGGAGAUCCUGGUCAGAAACAUCAGGGCUUACUAUGUGGAUGUCCUUCAACAGCUGCUCAUACUAAAGCUACCCAACUACCAAACAAUAUGUCGGGAGCCAGAUAAAGAUGUGAGUCUGAGUGAGAUGAAGAAAGCUCUUCUGUUGAUCCUGGGGUGUGCCGUCCAAUGUGAGAGAAAGGAGUAUUUCAUCGACAAAAUCAAAGAGCUGGAUGUGGAUGUUCAGACUGCGAUUGUGGAGUACAUUAAAGAGAUUACAGAUGACUCGGAGUCCAUUCUUCCCAUCGAACCCCUGGAACAGCUGGAGACCUAUGCGGAGAAAAUGUUCAAACAUCUUGCAAGGGUCAUCAAAGAACGAGAUGACUUCUCAGAGGUAUCUGUAGAGCUUGCCCAGGAGAGGGAUUUCUUCCAGACUCAGUUACAGUGCUGUAUUCAAGGUACCCCUGUCCCCGUUACGCCCCCUGCUAGUCCGGAGAAGCACCACCUGGUGGUAGAACUGGCUGACAGUAAGGCCAAGAUCCGCAGACUAAGACAAGACCUUGAGGACAAACAGGAGGUCCUAUCCGACAUGAGGGAUGAGCUGGAGGAGAACAAGGCAGUGGUGACCAAACUAAGGAAUGAGAACUCUGAAUUGAUUCAGGACGCAAGAACAGCAAGAUCAUUAAGGGAUGAGCUGGAUGUUUUACGAGAAAAAUUAGGGAAAGCAGAUGGCUACCAAAAUGAAAUUCUAAAGUACAAAGAGAAGCUAAAUGAGUUGGAAUUCUACAAAACCAGAGUUGAUGAACUGAGAGAGGACAACACAAUUUUAAUAGAAACCAAGAACAUGCUGGAAGAGCAACUGUCGAACUGUCACAAGAGAGUGGAGACGGUGGUGGAGCUGGAAAACGAACUCCGCAAAAAACGCCAAAUGGUCGAGGAAAUGGCACUGGAACGGGACACAGACAGAGAGAAGCUGAGAAUUUUGACAGAGGAAAAUGCACAGCUCCAGUACGAAAAGAAGUCUAGUCUGAAUGAGAGUACCAACUUAGAGAAUGAGCUAGACUCGGCCCGACUAAGGAUUAUGGGAAUGGGAGGAAGUUUAUCUGCCCAACUGACGGAGACCACUAAUGCCAAAAUCCUCAGGUUAGAGUUAGAAAACCAAAGACUGAACCAGAAACUCGAAGAAGCCAAGGAAAAGAUGUUAAUUGAGAAUGCCGAGAGGAAUCUGGAGCUGGAGAAAGAAAACCAGAGGCUGGCCAAAAAAGUGGAAAAACUGUUGGAAACCAAUCAGGAGACAUCACAAAACUGUUUGGAGAUGGAGCAGAAAAUGGAACAUUUGGAAUUGGAGAAGGAAAAUCUAAUUCAGACACUGGAUACAGUAAAAGAGAACUCAGAGAGACAGGUAAAGGAGUUGGAGAGAGAGAAUGAUCAGCUGACUCACACUGUGGAGGUCGUUAGGGCCAGGAGUGAGCAGACGAAUGAUGCCCGGCUGAAGGACUUAGAAAGGGAAAACAAACGGAUGUCGCAAUCUGUGUCACAGAAAGAUCAACGGUUGUCUAAAGUAGAGUAUGAUAAUCGGCAGCUACUGAAGUCGUACAAUUCACUGAAACAUAAUUGUGAUAGGAUUUCUGAUUUAGAAACGGAAAAUGUCAACUUGGAAAAAGAAAAUAAUGAAAUGCAUAAAGUCAUAUCAACUUUGAAAUUAACUUGUGAUAAGUAUGAAACGUUGGAGCAGGAAAAUUCAGACCUGGAUGUAGAGAAUAGGAAGUUACAGAAAGCUGUGGAAAGUUUGAAUGUUCAGUUACAGAAAAAGGAAAUUCUAGAGCAGGAUGUGAUUAAUUUAAGGGUGGAAAAUCAGAAAUUACAUAGAUCUUUAGAUACGUCAAAAAACUCUUCCUUGAGAAUUGCCGAGGUGGAAAAUGAAAAAGAUGCACUAAACAGGGAACUUCAGCAUUUAAAGAAGUCACUGGAGGUGCAAAAAAAUCUCCGAACAAAACAGGAGCAAAUGGAACUAGACUUACUGGACCUAGACAAUGAAAACCAGAGAGUGCAGAAGUCAUUGGAAAUAACUACUAAACGAGUGCAACAACUAGAGAAAGACAACUCGGAUUUAGAAAUGGAAACGGAGAAACUUCAAAAAACAAUAGAAAAGAUGAAAAUUUCCAACAAAAGACUGCUUGAGACUGAAAAACAGGUAUCGGAAUUAGAAGAGGAAGUGAGAAAACUAAACAAAGAGAAAUCGGCAUUAGAGAAGGAAAAGAAGCGUGUAAAACAGACACUGGAUUUGAAGGAGUCUGUGUUUGAUGAUAUUAGUGCUAAAUACAGUGCUUUAGACAGGGAACAUAAAAGUGUAAAGAAAUCUUUAGAAUCUCAGAAGGACAUGGUGACACACACUCGUGAGUUGGAGAAAGAAAACCGGGAAGUGAAGCAGCAAUGUGGAAUGCACCAGAGGACGCUGGCCACACUAAGGGAGGACUUAGUCAAUGAGAAGAUUAAGAGUCAGAAUCUGAGUAAUGACUUUGACAAGCUGACCCAGGAACUAGAAAGAGUGGGCAUUAACAAGGAGAAGUUAGUGAUGGCUGAUCACAGGCAGGAUGAGAAUCGGUACAAAGCUCUAGAGAGCAUGAUGGAGGAGGCUCUCAAAAAAAGCAUGGAAAUCAAAGAAGAAAAGAUACAUGCUUUAGAAAGCAGACUUGAGGAGUCCAAGAGUCGUAACCUGAAGCUGCAGGAGGAGAUGAGGCUUCUGAAGCGGGAGUGUGAGUCGUUAAAGCAGCGAUAUGAGGAGGAAUCUCACGGCCGGGAAUCAGAGAGAAGAGAGACUGUGGGUCUACUGAGAGGAGCACCACCGUACCACCGCAGCAACAGUCAAAAUACCACUAAAGACAUCUUAGAACUCAAAGACCACCUAGUGCAAGUAGAGAGAGCAAAUGCAACAAUGAUGGCAGAGAACAAGAACAUGAAAUCACAGACCAAUGCUCUGAAUGAACAAUUGAAGAAGUUGGAGAGCCAGAAUUCCAAACUCCAAUCAGAAAACUCCUCUCUACAGAGCCAAGGUCACUCCCUGCAGUCCACCAAUGCCAAGCUUCAGGUAGAGAACUCCACCCUAAAUUCCCAUUGCUCCUCUCUGAAGGGACAAAAUUCUAAUCUACAGAGCCACAUUAACCAGUUACAAAGUGAACACCAACACCUAAUCCAAACCCAUGACGAGCUGCAAUCCUCGCAUGAACAACUGGCUCAGGACCAUGAGGAAUUACAGAAAAUUCAUGACCAGUUGACCGCAGACUACGAAGCUCUGAUAUCAGAACACGGUUCAUUAAAGUCGAUACACAAAGCUAUCAAAAAUGAAAACAAAGAACUUCACGAGCAGUUGACCCGCAGUGUUCAUGGUAAAGAUCAGUUGAACCAGAUGCAGAUGGAGCUGAAGUCUAUGAGAAAUUUACAGGAGGAGAACACAUCACUACGGAGUGAACAUGACAGGAUGGCUGGUCAGUAUGAGAAGUUACGGACAGAUUACAGGGACCUGCUGGCUGACCACAAGAGAGUGAAAAAUGAGUUUAAUCAGGCUCAGCUGAGAAACACCGACCUCCAGGGGCAGUGUGGGGAGAUGAAGGACCAACUCCACUCCAUGGAACUGGAAAUCAACGGUCUGGCCCACAAAUAUGAUACCUUAUAUCAAGUGAACCAAAAGAUGGAAGAGGACAAUAAGAACUUGCUGAUGCAGAUUCAGGCCCUGUUAAAUUCAAACCAGGACCUUCUGUCCCAGAUACUUAACAGCAAGGAGCAAUUCAAUGAGGAGGAGAAAUCCUACUUAGAGAAGAUGAAUGACUUGAAACGGCAAAAGGAGAGACUGGAAGAGAAGAUAAUGGAGCACUAUAAACGACAGGACAACCAGAAAAAGAACAGAGGUUUGGGAGCCCGCAUAGUAAGAAAGGCAGCGAGAAUUUUUGCAACCAAACAUCCUAGAAGUAAAAGCAGAACAAAUCUGGCAGAAUCAACUGGAGAAAAUUCUCUGCUAGGUGACACAACUGAUAGUAGACCAGAGCUGCGAUCGAGUCGCCCAGCUAGCAUGUGGAACUUAACUGAUGAGCCAUCCCUAGCAAAACAAAACUCCAGUUUGGCCAAAUCAGCUAGUGCCCUCAAUCAGUCCGAUAAAACUGCUGAGGGAGCCUCACUUUCAUCCAGAGGAGCCAAAUCAUCAGAGGAUCUGUUAGCAGACUCCACGCGAAGUAACCAUGACAAAGAUUCAUUUUCCUCUAGUAAUUCUACCAAUCUGUUACCAGGCCUGGGACACCCAGCAGUGCUGGGGGACGAUGACGAUGACGGCGGAUUUGGGACGAACGAAAUGUUGACACUAGAGGAGUUCCUUCAUGAAGCCAACAAAGGAUCCUCAAAGACAGCAAAAUCAGUUGAAUCCAGAAGCCAGGAGGACACUGAAUCUAAAAGCAGUGAAAAUUCAGACAACAGUGGAAAGAGGAACUUCAGGAAGCGACAAGCCCCUGCUCCACCACUACAUUUAUCCACCCCUCCACAAAGCGGAUCAAACCCUCGCAUUUCUUCAUCCAUACCUGAUGUGGCAGCUGUGUCUUCUCACCUUGACCUCUCUAGAAUGUCCAGGAUAUCUGGUGGCAGCAGUGGUAGUGGUCAUGACAGUCGCACAGAGGAAUAUCCCACUCCCCCGCACAGCAUCAGGGGCCAUCCAGAAACCUCCACCCCUGCGGUGUCCUCGGGGAGCAAUAUCAGACUAAAUAAUGGAUCCUUUGAGGAUCUCAAUCAUUGCUCUCCACUUUUAUCUAGUGGAGAUCGUUAUACUGCCAGUUCUACCCCAUCCACCGCCUCCCGUACACUUCACUAUUCAUUUGGAAACUCACCACAGUCCCAGAAUUAUUCCGGUCAUUCUACACAUUCUCGUGAAUUGCCGCCAACCCCUGGUAACAUUUCUGACAGGACAACAGCUUCAGACAGACUCGACAGACUUGUGUCUAGUAAUCUUCAGUCAUCUAGUCCUCAUAACAACUAUGACAUGUCUGUGAGGUCAGGGAUUGGACAUGAACGAAGUGGUCAGAAUUUGUCUGAUAAACCUCCCCCUGCUAGAGGGAAUACACCCCAGGGCUCUCACAAUAGACCCCAAAACUCUACACCCCAGGGCUCUCACAGUAGACCCCAAAACUUUCACAGUUCAGGUAAACUCGGACAUUCCCCUCACACCCAAUACCGACCUCAGCAAAAUCCAUACUCUUCAUUCCCUGGGCCAAUACAUAAUGGACCUCAUCAACCCUCACAGGGUUACCCAAACAGUGAUUCUGUGAAGAAUCCAUCCAAUAGUGACAACAACAGAAGACUGAGCAUGCAUGAUACAAAUUCUCAGCAGAACAUUUAUUCUAGCAUUGAUGACACGAGGUCUAGAGCAUAUGAUGCCCCUCAGAACAACUUCAGUAGCAGUGGUAACCUAGCAAAUGGUCCACUCAGAAACUCUGCAAGUGACGAUAACCAUUAUGCCCGGAUUCAGAGAAUUGAGAGACCUAAAUCUGUUCCCCCCAGUAUGUUCAAUCAGCUGCAGCAAUCUCCUACAAAGAACACUUCUGAUAAUGUGUAUUCACAACCAAAUAAAACUCCCCCUGUUCCUCCACCACGAAGAGCAAGAGACAGUACUGCAACCACCAGGUUGAUCCGUGAACCAUCACAAAAUCAGGUUUCACAAGGACGUCACAUCCUUGCCAGCAGGAACUCCACGCCCCCUAGUGGUAGCACUAGGCAGCUACCGCAAGGGGGACUAACUCGGUCACAGACAGCAAUGGGUGGCAGGAUUGGGCCCCCUCUAAAACCAGUCAACAAUACCCCACCAGCCCCCAAAGUCCUCAACAAUGAACCAAAAGACCCCAAGGAGAAUUCAGUAUGGUACGAGUAUGGGUGUGUUUGAUAUACACUCUUGUAUUAGCUUGAUGUUUUAUAUAGUGUGUGAUGGUGGGAAUUCAUUAAUUAAGCACAAAGUAAAAGGUGGCUGUGUUUCUGUAUCAGGUUAAUUCUGUUCACCGGGGGCUCUUGUUUUUGAUGUCACACAAUUCUAUAUGAUAGGUGGUGUUACCAAGGUUAUGGGGAAUGGAAUUCACUAACAUCAUGUAUCCUACAAAUUAUAUACAGUAAAACUCGAAUAUAGCGAACACGGAUAAAGCGAAAUUACGGCUAUAGCGAAGUGAAAUCAAUUUCCCCGGCAAAUUCUCUAUAUAUUCUAUAUAAAAAUCUGCGUCUAUAACGAACACGGAUAUAGCGAAUUUACGGAUAUAACGAAGUAAAUUGCUAUUCCCCUUGAAUUAAAAAUGAUCGUAAAAAUCACCUUUUAUAACGAUUUUUUCGUUUCAAUCUCGUUGUGAUUUUUAACAAUAUUGACAUAAUGCUUGACAUAAAGGAUCCACACUUAAUUAUUACAAAAUUUCUGUUGUAUUUUUUCAAAAGAGGAUGUUAACACAAAACAAUACUUACAUAUAUGUUUAUUGAGAAAUUUAUUAACAAAAAGGAAAGAAAAAAAAAACAAGGAAAAAAACCCACGACGCAGUCAACAAUUGACCGGUAUUUUAAAAAGACAUAGACUGUUUGUAUGUAUUACACAUAAUUGUGUUGACAUUUUUCUUUUAACAUGUGCUUGUGUGAUUAAAUAAUCCAUCAAGAUAACUUAUCACAUAUAAAUCAGUGUGUACAUAUCUCUUAUAAAAAUAUUCCUUCUUGAAAAUGUCUAGGCUUAAUUUCUCUUAGAGACAAUGCAAACGCAAGUAUAUCGAUUGCUGCUUUCUAUUAUAACUUAAUAUACAUAUGGAACAAAUCAGUUUUAUAAGGAAUUCGUUAUAUUUGAAUCAUGAAUUCGCUAUAAACAUAUAGCGAAUUACGCAUAUAGCGAAUUUUUAUAGAGUGUCCGCAGAAAUUCGCUAUAUCAGAGUUUUACUGUAGUAUUUACAAUCGACAAAUUGGUUAAUUUUAAUUACAUUAAAAUUGGUCAAAUGUAGCUUUUAGAUUUAAAACACCAUACAAUUUUUAUAUCAAUUUAACAAUACCUAAGAAAGUAUUUUUCUUAUAGCUUUAAAUUGAUUUCUUUUAUUAAAUUUUCUUUUUUCUUUUUUUUAAUUUUUUUUUUAUUUUGGAUGACUUUGUAGCUGAAUGUGGAUUUUUCUUUUUCCAGCAGGGGGACAAGGUGUUAAUGCAUGUGUCAUCACAGGACCUGGUAUAAAAAUGGCUUCCUUUGUUGGAGUGCCAGUAGUUGAUAAGAUUGGUCACAUCUGAUAUUCUAUUUAUUGUUUGCAUGCUUCACAUUUAGUGUCUCUAGCUUGCACUGCUUCAGUAUUUUACAUAUUCAUUAAACUGGACAUAUGAAUCUUCUUUCAGCACACAAAAGGUUCGAUAAAGAAAACUCACAAACGUUUUUCCUUUCAGUCUAUUUGUCUUUCUCUCUCCCUCUGUGCUGUUUUUUUUAAAACCCUGAAUGAAGAUUUGCAGGUGCUAGAUGUUGAUUUCUUUUACUACUCCUCACUAGUAGAAUUCUGUCCAUAAUCUUGGUGACAUUAAUGUAGCCACACUGCAGCAUUACAGAUAAAACAGAAAUGCUUCAGUAACUAAUUUAAGAGUUGGAUUAAUUAGAAAUGUGUGUGGUAUGGCUGCUAAUAUACCUGCAUGAAGCAUGGUAACAGUUUUUUAUUUACCUUUUUGAUUUUUCUACUUUAAAAUGCCGUGAAGUCAAUUAACUUGACUGUGCACUGUAUUUUGCCAUCAGAUUUAUCAUUUCCCCCCACAUGAUGUUUAAAGUAUGAGCUUCAAAGUCUGUGAAUUCUUGUGCACCGUCAUUUUACAUUAGUAAAUGAAUACUUGAUUUGAAUGUAACUAUAGUAGACAAUGUUUUAUACUACAAAACUUAGAGUGUAAAAUGUACUUAAACUUUUGUAGUAGGCUUACUUGUUACAUAUGAUACAUUAAACAGCUAUUCCAGUUGUAUUUGAAUGGCACAUGUACUUGCAAAAUUUACCUGGUGUUCUCUUUCAUAUCUAUAUGUAAUGUACACCCAUUCUCUUCCUGUGGAGCUCAAAGCACUCCUACAUCAUUAUAUGAUGAGGAACUCAUGCACAUGCAUGCAUCUCGGAAUUCUUUACUCAAAUUUAAGGCAGUUGAUUUAUGAUAAAAUACAAGAUUGAAUGUCAUAUUGAAUGUGUUAGAUGAUGAUGGAUGAUUAUGGUUGUCAUUUUACUCUGUCAAAGCUUAUAUAUUUCUAACCAAGUGGAAAUUUUACAUUCCAACAUUAACAUGUGAUAACAAUGCAGGGUUGUGAUAGAAAUUUAUAUACACAAGCAUUGCUAACAGAUAACUUCAUAUCGUGUGCCUUAUAAUAUCUUCAGAACUCCAAUUAUGUAAAAUACAAAUUUAAUUGUAUAAAAGCAUAGUGUGAUCUCUUGUGUAAUUCUACAACUCAUCACAACAGUAUUUUCAGGGUACUAAUCAACAUUUUGAGAUGUUUUUCAUUUUAGCUACAAUACCCAUAUAAUUGUUAUAUCAUUGUUCCAUCCAAUCAAUGGCAUGCAAUUUUUUUUACACCACCAUUUCCCCCCCUCUUUUUCCAUUGCUUUUGAUGACUCCGUCCAGCUUGGUUGUAACACUCAUCUAGUCCUCUGGUGCUUGUUAGAUGCAUUUUUUUUGAGCAAUUUGCUCUAUGAAUAUAAUAUGCAUUUAGCAAUACAAAUGUGUAAUAUAUAGAUUAUCAUAUAAGGACUAGGAUUUUCCAAGCUUAUUGUGUCGCGUGGAAAUGCAUUGUUUUCCUUUCUUACCUAAUAUAUCAAGAGUUUGUCUCAUGAAGUGGACCUCUAUCUGUUUGUUUAUGAAAAAAUGGAAAUGGCUUUAUGAUUAAAAAAUUUACUUUCAUGUUAAUUGGUGGAAAACCAUGGUCAGUCGCUGGCCAUAACUAUGGACUUACAGCUAUGAUUAAUUGUUGGCAAUACUUUGUAAUGAAAUAGAAAUCAUGCUCAUUAAAUGUACAGUAAAUUUUGUACAUGAAUUUUUAUUGUUUAUUUGUAUAAAAUGUUUAUUUAUGUCUCCUUUGAGUACAAUUAAAUAAGGUACAAAGAAA